UGGCGACCGCGCUCCCAGCAGUGAUUGGCCCAAAGUCACCCAGUGAAAUGUGAUGAGCAGAAACUUGAAUAUAUCUUCCAAGCCCGUCCUCUGCAGUAUGUGGAUGAAGGCACAUGAUGAAAAGGCACCUCUGAGAAAGGAUGUGGAAAGACCAGCAAAUCGUUGGACUCAAGGAAGGAAGCGUGGUGCUGAUGGCAAACACAGAAACACACAUGAUCCAAGCUUGCCCACUUCUGAUGAUGAUAAUACGUGCAGUCUGUUUGACAGCAGGCCAGAUAGUUUCACAACACCAGAAGGCCAUAAGCCCCGUUCAAGGUGUUCAGACUGGGGGACUGCAGUUGAAGAAGAUGAAAUGAGGACUAAUGUUAAUAAAGAAAUGGCAAGGUACAAAAGAAAACUCUUGAUAAAUGAAUCUGGAAGAGAGAGAAAGCUGUCUACUGGAAGUUCUGAUUCCAAGGAGUCCACUGCAGCAGUGGAAUUUGAGACUGAUGAGGCUGUUCUAAUGAGGAGGCAGAAACAAAUAAAUUAUGGAAAGAACACACUGGCAUAUGACAGAUACAUUCGGGAAGUUCCAAGGUGUUUACGAGUUCCAGGGGUCCAUCCAAGGACACCAAAUAAAUUUAAGAAGUAUAGCCGAAGAUCUUGGGACCAACAAAUCAAACUAUGGAAGGUUGCUUUACAUUUUUGGGACCCUCCUGCUGAGGAAGGCAGUGACACAGAAAUAAUUACUGUUGAUCUUGGUGAUAUGGAAACAGAAUCUCUAAGAAGUAAUUCUGCUAGGUUUCAAGCAAGCUCUCAGGACAAUGAUGAAAACUGUACUGGCACACCCACCAAAGUGAGAAACAUUGACCGUCUUGCCGAUGAUGAAUUUGAACUGGAGGCAUGUUAGAUUGUGAUACUAAUACUUCAUGACUAUCAGGAUGCAUUUUGCAGACUCCUAUUUAAAAAAGAAUGUAUCUGUCAGUCUCAAAGACAAGUCAGAAAUUUUUCUGUUUAAUUGUCUGGAAAGCUGGGGUAUGGCAGCCGUGAAAUCACAAUCAAUGUUUCUCCUGACUUUUUUUUAAAGCAUAAAACUUGGGUUAUAUGGAAUUUCGCAACUGCCUAAUUUAUGUAUACAUAGCAGAUGACGUUAUAAGCAGUUUAUAGUUCAGAAGAUCUCAAAUAAUAUUGCUAAACUUCAAUAGUUUGCGAACAUGAAACAUUAGGAUGCUUUUAGCCUAAGUGACUCUUACCCCAAAGCAGGGAAAUGAAAGACAGUAGUUCUCCACACUGUCCUGUAACUCCUAUUACAAAGAACAAAGCAUGAACUUGUAUUUUCUUUUGUUAUUGCCAAGCAAGUUGUAAUAACAAUAAGGUAAUAAGUGGGCUUCUUUCUUUGAGAAAGAGCUCUGAACCAGUUUCCAUGGCCACUUUGGUGGAGUAAACUAAAUUUAUGCUUGUAAAUAGUUGUGUGCAGAAUUUCAGUAGCUUUUUAAAAAGAAUUAUUGAACAGAACUUUGGAGACUGUUCUACUAUUUUUAUUCAUUCUUAAUGUAAAACUAUAGAAUUUUUACUGAAAUCAGUUGCUGUUUUUUGUAUGGACAAAGCAUAAAUAAAGCAAGAACAUCUUAA